AUGUGCUACCAUCAAGUCCAACCAACUCCUUAUAAUCCUCCACGGCCAUCGCUCCUUUGUGUUGCAACCACUGAAUUGGUCGUGGCGGCAGACAUCAUCAUCAGCCUGUUGCCUGUGCCAUUUCACCCUUCUGUCGCCGAGCUGUGCAAUGCAUUCACGUAG